GUGCCGGGAAAAUACUGCGGCUACGGCACUGGCUUAGUGCAGCGCACCAACAACUGCCGUACGAGCGAAUACGUUCAUAUAUUUACACUUAGUGCUACAGAUACCACGAAGUUUUAUCGUUUUUAUUGUGCUCACCUAUAAGAACAGUUUUGUUGUUGAUUGUGUCAAGUGGUGCAGUAAAAAGUUAAUAAACAUUUCUGGAGAUUGGAAAUACGCGUUUUUUGAGUUGCGGAUGGAAACAAAUAAAUUAUAAAUAACGUUAUUCAAAAAAGCAGCUAAUUGAAAUUAUUCAUAUUUCUCAGGUAGGUUACUAUUCUUUUUUUCGUUCAACAAGAAACAGUGUGUUUGACAAAUAUAAAUUUCGUAAAAUAUCUAUCGAUUUUUUGAGUUUGUAUAGGGCUUAAAAAAAUAAAGCAAGGCAAAAAACACGUUAACAACGUGAAGCAGAAUAAUUAAUGAUACCUAGUUGAGCAGAACCCUUGCCGAUCAACACUUCAAUUUCAGUACACACAAAAUGGCGUUUCGAAAUGGUGAUUACAUCUUAGCAAGUAUCUUGAUCGUUGGUGUUAUCGCAACUGUAGUCACUGCACAGCCGCCUUUGGCCGAUGAAUCUAUUGGAAAGGAUCGUGCUUUAAGGCAAUCCUCCAUAAGAGCAGGAAAAAGCGUUGCAGUGAAACCAAAAUGGGGAUUCUUCGGUACUAUAUUUAACGUUAUUUUGGAGCAAAUUAACGAUACGAAAAGUGCCUAUACUCAAAUAUCAGAUUUAGUAAACAAUCAGUUUGUUGACGAUAAGGCUGUUACCAUGCCGCCAGAUCCUUCAAAUAACGGUACAACUAUGCCACCAAAAAUAACAAGACAACAAUUUUUGAAAAUCCUAGACCGAAACCUAAAGGGCUUAGCGCGCCUUCGAAAUCUUGAGUGGCGAGAAGCUAAGAAGGAUUCAUGGAGUAAUCUACAAGGAUAUUGGAGCGAGCUAUUUGGAAGCAAGAAAACGCGAAAUGCUAGAUAGCAAACAUCUACACCAGUGCAUAUACAAAAAAAAAUUGAAAAUUUAUUUCUUAGUUAUGAACUCUUGGUGUGUGUCACUUGUGGUGUUUUAAUUAAUAUGGUACAUACCUAAUAAAUGAAGUCUAGUCUUAAUGAA